AUGCGACGCAUAUACAAAUUAGGCUUCGGACGGAGCGGCAACGAACUCCUGGGCGUACAUGUCCUCGACGGGGCACUCCACCGCCGAGGCGAACUCCUCCUGCAGGAUGGCGCGGCGCCAGUUCUCCUCGUCGUCGACGUAGAGCAAGUCGUCCAGGGGCGGCAGCGGCUCGAGCGGCGAGACGAACGCGCGCGGCAUCGACCCGGCCAGGCCCACCGCCUUCGCCUGGGCGUCAAGCGCCUCCACCGAGACUCUCUCGAUGGAGCGGAUCACGCUGGCGAGCGCGGCCGCCCGGGCGGGCGACGGCCGGCACGUCACGAGCUGCGCCAGCGCGGCGCGCCGCAGCUGCGCGAGCCACCACUCGACGCCGUACGUGUAGCGCAGCUCCGCGCCGGCCGGGAUGGGCCGCGUCGCCACGGCGAAGACGCGCGGCACGGGGUCGCAGGCGUCGUCCGUCUCGCACACCUCGGCCUGGCAGAGCGCGACGUUGUUCCGCGUCUCGAUGCGCGCGAUGUAGGCCCGUACCACUCUCUCGAUGCGCUCGACGUCGGCGGCAAGCGGCACGCGGGAGUGCCACGACGUCAGCACGAGCCCGUUCACGUCCUCGGCGCCGAUGACGCCGUCGCCGCGGAUCUUCGCCGAGGCGAUGGGCCGGUCGGGCGUCGUGUGCGGCAUCUUGAGGGCCGUGUGGUCGUUGAUGAGCUGCGCCACGCCCUCCUCGGGGCAGGCGCCCUGGGCCGGCACCUUGCCCAGCAAAAUAAAGUCCGCGGCGCCGGCGCGCGCGACGCAGGCCGCCGUCGGCUCGUCGACGUCGCAGUACUCGUCCUGGGUGAUCGAGUCGCGGAUCGUGCCGCCGCGCGCGGCGCCGCCGGCGUCCGAGACGGCCGUGCCGGCGAGGCCGAUCUCGUAGCGCUGCGAGUACUUGCGCCAGUCCGCGCCGUAGAACUCCUGCUGGAGCUCGAGCUCGUCGCAGCGCGUCGUCGCGGCCGGCGCGAGGCAGCCCACGUACUCCGUGAUCGUCGUCCCGGCGGCGAUGCGCUCCUUCGCGAACACGCCCAGCCCGGCGCCGGGCGACGCGUCGACCCGCACCAGGGGCUCCUCGAGCGCCUCGUACGCCUCGACGUCCGCGCGCCAGUGCGCGUAGCGGUCGUCGAGGUAGGUUCGCGACGACGACGACGCGUGGACGGUGCGGCGCUUCGCCGACGGCGGCGUGGGGGCUCGCAAAAGAGCGAGCGUCGCACACGCCGUCAAAGAUCCUGCUCUGAGCAGCCUGCUGCGUAUCAUCGUCUUCUACGCGCUUAUCGUUUUAAAACUUGGUCCGCUGGGUGCGAGGCAGCAAGAAGGAGUGGCCUGGUGCUACUGGUAGGCGCUCAAAACGGCCUGGAGGUGAGCAAUGAGGAGUGUUCGCAGAGCAGAUGCCCGAUCCUAGUGUGUCCCAUUACGCUAGCCUGA